UCUCUCUCUCUCUCUCUCUCUCUCUCUCUCUCUCCCCCAUCUCCUUUUCUUACAGGAACACUGCCUUUUCUCUCUCUACCUCAUCAUCAUCGAUAUUAAUUUCAGAUCUCUUUCAUCAUCGAUCGUCUUCCUUUUCUGCAAUGGACACUACUCCUCUUCAGUGGUCACAGGUCCUUAAUGGCGGUGUGAGGUCAGUAGAAAACCCCAACCCCACCCCCACCCCCAACCGACCAACAGAGAAGAAACCGAGGCCAGAAAAGGAGCAAGCUUUGAAUUGCCCAAGGUGCAAUUCCACCAACACCAAAUUCUGUUAUUACAACAAUUACAGCCUCUCUCAGCCCAGAUACUUCUGCAAAGGUUGCCGGAGGUAUUGGACCAACGGCGGCACUUUGAGGAACGUUCCCGUCGGCGGCGGCUCGAGGAAGAACAGACGCCCUUCUUCUUCAUCAUCGUCAUCAUCAUCAACAACAACUUCGUCGUCGUCGUCUAUCUUGUCUGCGUCGAAGAAAUUAGCUAUCCCUAAUCUGAGCACGCCAAAAAUAUCAUCCCCAAUAAACCCUAAGAUCCACGAGGGAGACGAUCUGAGCUUAGGGUUUAAUCAUCAAUCGAUUCUCUACAAUCGGGGAUCUGAUCAAUUCGUUGCUCCAUCAUUCGGCCUUGAAGUCAGAAACUACCUGGGUAUGCAGGAAAACCCUAAUUUCAAUUGCUCCAAUUCUUCAGAUCUCCCAAUUAUGAGCUCAGGAGGAAUAAUGAUGAGCUCUCUGAUUCCCAAUUUGGCUCAUCAUCAUCAUGUUUCCAAAUCGAGCAGCACAGUAGUAUCUUCAUCAGGUUUUCUGCCAGAAUUGACGAGUGAUGGUAAAUCGAGCUUGUGCUUUUCACUGGAUGGUGGGAUUCAUGAUCAGAAGUACUGGUAUGGCAAUUUGCAAUUGGGUGGACAGGAUGACCAGACAAUCGGCCAGUCUGCAGCAGGAACCCUAAUUUCCCCCAUUGAUGAUGAUCACGCAGGAGCUCGAGGAGAUGAAUUGGAGGGAACAAGGGGAGGAGAUUCAUCAUCAAAUCAUGGGUAUAAUUGGAUUAAUGGAAUUCUGCAGGCUGGUGGAUCCACCUGGUGAACAAACCCCCUUUUAAUUAAUUAUUAAUUAAUUACCUCACUGUAUCGACAAUUUUAUUAUUAUUAUUAUUAUUAUUAUUAUUA